AGAAUCAGAAUGGUAGUAAACAGGUUGUAGAGAGCCUCGUGGUGUCAAUGAGAAUGAUUGCUUGCUCAGAAAUUCCUACUGGACUAGUGAUUAGAGCCCUGGAGUAAUGAUACAGACUUUAUUUGAGCUACUCUUAGUAAAAUUGUACUUCAUUGUGACAAUAAGCUCCAGCUUGACCUAUUUGUUGCAGAUUCAACAAUUGGAACAAAGUUUAGAAGAAAUGCUUACUAGAGUGGAUGAAUUCUGUGGAAUGUUGGACAUGAUUCGAAAUGAUUCUUCUCAGAUAAUGAAUGAAAAUAUCCCUGAAAUCCACGCGAAAGCAGAUGAAAUGAAGCAAUUAUACCAGAAGAUUGAUAAAUUAGAGGCCUUUGUCAAGAUGGUUGGACAAAAUGUAUGUGUUCUAGAUAAUCAAGUUACACAAGCUGAAGCCGAAGUUGGAAGCUUUCCCAGCACCUUUAGAAAAAUCUGGCACUCAAUCGGUUCUCCAGCAUUCCUUAAUAAAUCAUUGCCUAAGAGACAACAGCAAAAGUUUGAACCUCCAACCCUCUUCCGGACAGAAGAUUACUUCCCAGUGCAGAACUCCUAGCAUAUAAUUAUAACAUUAAAAGAAUAGUAGCACAGUGUCAGUCACUUCCAGUUAAUGAAGCAAGGGUCAUUUUCUUAUGAAACAGGCUGAUUGUUCAAAACCUCAGAGGCCAAUAUUCUUGUCUUCCUUUUAAUAUCAAAGUAUUGCUUUUGAUAUGAAACUGCUUAAAUAUGCACAAAGUAAAUACUGCUAACAGAUAAAAUUUGAACAGUAUUGAUAUUUGUCUACAGCUUUAUAAUUACCAAGGAUGAGUUUUUUUCAAUGCUGAUCUGGUAAGAGUUCGGUUUGAGACUAUCUUUGAUAUUUGCUGAUUAAUGAUAAAUGGUAUCCAUGCUAAUGCCAAGGCAUGAUUUUGCACUUUUUGUUUGUCUUAGAACAUGUUGAACUUCCAUUUCUUAAAUCCUGUAAACUGAGGGUGAGAAAUAUCCUUUUUUUUUCUGGAGAACCAAUGAUUUUUUUCAAAGAAAUUAUAUCAUUAACUAA